UAAAUUUGACCAACACAGAUUCUUGUGGUUCUAGAAAUGAGAUGACCAGCUCUUUCAGAAUAUACAGCAACUGCCUCCACCUAAGCAGUGCCCGGUUUAGGAGAUUUACGGUAAAGCCAUGUUUCCUAGGAGGUCAGUACAAAAAGCCAGGCUUCUACGGCAGUUUCCGGGAGACGUAAGCUUUCCAUCCGACGCAGCGUUUUACCUUUUUCUCUGGGAAAUGUUUAUACUAGAAAAGGCUCAACUGGGAUAUUCAUCAGCUGCUUCCUGCUCCUGUGGUGUUUGGUGGGGCUGAUAACGGACAAGGAUAAAAUGCGCUGGGCAUCUCAGGAUCAUGGAAAACCUGGAACUGAGGCUCAGGAAUGCCCCCCAUUUUCGCUGUGAGAAGGGAAACAGCGCUGUCCCCGUGUGCCAGAAGUGUGAAACAUGUGUCCUCACCUGGAAGAUCUUCUCUACCAAACAGUGGUUCCGGAGGAUCGGUGAGAUACCCCAAAGGAGGUUUCUGGUCAGCAUCCUGGAGCAGUUGGAUAGCUUGUAUUUGUUACACUAUUUCCAGAACAUCCUUCAGGCCACGCAGGGGAAGGAUUUCACCUACAGCCGGUCCCGGAUCAACCUCAGCAAGAAGGAGGGGAAAAUCGGCAGGUCUUCCUUGAACCAGAUGUUGGAUAAAACAGUCGAACAGAAGAUGAGGGAGAUUUUGUACUGGUUCGGGAACAGCACCCACUGGACGAAGGCAAAUUACACGCUCUUGCUGUUCCAGAUGUGUGACCCCAAGUUACUGCUCACUGCUGCCAAUGUCAUCAGAGUCCUGUUCCUGAGAGAGCAGAGCAAUGUCGCAGGGCUCAGUCAGUCCGCCAGUGAUGUGUUUGCCUUCCCCGAGAAAGACCACCACCAGUCUGAGACCUCGCAGGUCUGCCGGGCAGCCGGAACCAAGAACACAUCCUUUCCUUUGUCCAGAUCUCCAGGGAAAGAAGGGUUGCUUGAAAAUAUGGGGGGCGGACCAUCUGACACUGGACAAUGGAAGAGUUCUCUCCAGUGUAUUUCUGAGAUGAACCGGCUGUUUUCCAGAAAAGCAGACAGGUCCAAGGCAGAGAGCGCCCCCUCCGAUCUGUUGGUUGACUUGGAUGUGGUCCGAGACCUGUCUUCUGGGGCCAGAAAAUAUCGAGACUUCAUCCGUCACCUGCCCAUCCACCUCUCCAAGUACAUUCUAAGUCUGCUGGAUAAAAACAGCCUGAACAGGUGUGCCUUUGUGAGCCAGCACUGGGCUGCGCUGGCCCAACAGGUCAAGAAGGAUCUUUCCAUGCAUACUUUCAUUCAGAACCAGAUCGCUUUCUUGCAGGGGUCCUACGCAGGGGGAAUCGAACCUAAUUAUGCCAACCAGCUUCUUAUCCCGGUUCCUAAGAUGACCGAUGAUGGGAAACGCAUGCGUGCGAAAAAUCAGAAAUGGAAACUGAGAAUGAAGAAUGACUACAACCUGUGGACCGCAUACCAGAACCAGGAAACUCAGCAGGUCCAGAUGGAGGAGAGAAAUGUCUUCUGUGGGACUUAUAAUAUCCGCAUUCUCUCUGACACGUGGGACCGAAACAGAAUCAUUCACUAUUCUGGGGGACACUUGGUAGCAGUGUCAUCCAAUCGGAAGAUCCAGCUUCUCGAUGUCAUACAAGUAAAGGAGGUACCCAUCGCGUUCCGAGGCCACGCCGGGAGUGUCCGCGCCCUCUUCUUGUGUGAGAAGAAGAACUUUCUACUGAGCGGAAGUUAUGACCUGAGUAUUAGAUACUGGGAUCUGAAAAGUGGGGCUUGUAUACGAAUCUUCAAUGGCCACCAGGGGACAGUCACUUGCAUGGAUUUAUAUAUGAACAAACUUGUAUCUGGAGCAAGAGAUUGCCAGGUGAAAGAGUGGGAUGUCGAGACAGGGAAGUGCCUGAAGACGCUUAAACACAAAGACCCCAUCUGGGCCGCCAGGAUCAAUGACAACUACAUCGUGAGCAGCUGUGAGCGGGGGAUAGUCAAAGUGUGGCACGCUGUCACGGCCCAGCUGGUAAAGACUCUCAUUGGCCACGAGGGAGCCGUGAAGUGUCUGUGCUUUGACCCGUGGCAUCUCGUCUCAGGAGGUGCAGAUGGCCUGGUCAUGGCCUGGAGCAUGGUGGGAAAGUACGAGCGGUGCCUCAUGGCCUUCAAGCAUCCGAAGGAGGUGCUUCAUGUGGCUCUUCUCUUCCUCCGGGUCAUCAGCGCCUGUGCCGACGGCAAGAUCCGCAUUUACAAUUUCCUAAAUGGGAACUGUCUGAAGGUGAUGAAAGUCAAUGGCAGAGGUGACCCCGUGCUGUCCUUCUUUAUUGAGGGCAACAGGAUGGUGAUCAACACGGAGAGCAAUAUUCUCAUGUUCCAGUUUGAGAAUGUAAAGUGGCAGUACUCCCUGGACAAGGCCAAACAAAAGAAGGAGAAAGAAGAGGACAGGGAAGAAAACAGCCUUGCGGAAGUUCUCUCCAGGUCUAGCACUCAGGUUUCCAGCCUGAAGGACUCGUUAUCCAGUCAACAAACCGUGACCCAGGAGUCCCUGUUAAGUAAACCAUGCAGGUCCCGAGUUUUCCGGAGGGCAACCAGGUUACCUACAGAUGAUGAGAAAAUUCAAAAAGAAAGACACCCCGUAGACAUGAUUAAGUGCUCGAAGAAAAAGUCCUGGCAAAUCCCCAUGUCACCUGACCAGUUCCUACUGACCGUUAAUGCCCUGCAGCAGGCCCAUAAUUCGGGGGCACUUGCCUAUCCCCGUAGGCCGCAAACCCAAGUCAUCGAUGCCCAGGGACCUUCAAUUCCACACCCAAGGAAGGUCUUGAGUUUCAAAGGAAAAUCAAUCCAACACGCAGUUGACAGGUUGAGGCGCAGCGAGCCUCCCGUAGAUGUGAAACAAACCAACAUUCCCCUGGAGAUCCAGAAACUGCAGCCCAACCUGAAGAACUCUUUGCACAGUCCCCGAGUCCAGUCCACCAUACCCCAGCCCGUGAUACUCCACCCCCGACUCACCGGCAGCUGCAAGGGUGAAGACCAAGUGACCAGCUCCAUCGAUGGGACCGUGCGCGCCUUCAGCCCGUUAACCAGCACGCAGGUCAUUAAACCGAACCGCAUGCUGGCUCCACCAGCGGGCAUGACAACCAAAUCUGUCAGGAGAGAACGACCUCACUUCUGUACGACCCUUGAUCCCUUUAGAGCGAACACUCAGUUCAUGUUGUUGACUGUAAGGGAGGAGAAAGAGUACAGGGAGGCCAAGAGGAAGGAGUAUCAGGCCAGGAAGCCCACUAAAGUGCUCGAUCCAGAAAAAGCCAGCAAAUCUGCAUGGAUCAGGAAGAUCCAAGGCCUGCCUCUAGAUAAUUUCCUGAAGCAAGGGAAAAUAGCGGCUCCUGAACUUGGACAAAACAUGUUUAUCUGAACCAGCCUUGGGGCAUGAACAUCUUACAAUAAACAGAAAACCAAGUGGAUGUUGGAGUUUGGCUACUUGUUUUCUUUGUUUGUUUGUUUGUUUUGGACUGGCCCUUGGCAAUGUGGGGAGUCCGAAUUAUCUUCCUAGAAGCCAAAGAAUUGAUAUAAUCAAAGUAAGAAAAGAGGGGGAGCUGGGAGCUGGGAGCGAUUGGCAUCUGUGUUCCCACUGAAAACCACUGAAACUUCUGAAAGCCCAACUUCACUGGUGGGAGAUGGGAAAGUGAUCAUUGGAAAUUGAAUACCACUCAUCAUUACCAGUUUAGGGCUACCAUUCUGAUCGCACAUGAAUGAUGGGAUUGUGUUAGAAUAAUGCAUUGGAAUUCUCGGGUAUUUUUGCACGGAAGCCUGAUGAAGUUCAAUGAGCUCAGUUAAGCAUCUAAAAGGAGAUACCCUCAAUGGGGUUGACCUAUUGCAUUGGAGAACGUUGUGCGUUCUUUUCCUUCUCAGGGCUCUUAUGGAAGAGAAUUAGGCAUAGACAUCUUUUCUUCGAAGAGGGACACUAAUAUCAAGUGUGUGGAUGUUUCUACUUAGACCUUCCAAGAUGGUGUCAGGGACCAGGCAGGUAAAAGAGGGCGGCACACUACUGGAGCGGUUGGAGAGCUCGAGCCUCCUGCUCCGUGGCUCAGCAUGACCAUAGGAUGGUGUGAGAUAGUAGAAAAUAUAUAUUGGUCUCUGCCCCCAGUUCCUGGCACAGAGCUCCUGAAACCCUUGUAAAUUCCUAAGUGAUAUGAACACCAGGAACAUCUCUUCUUUUUAACGAGGCGACUCAGAGUGGGCUCCUGGAUUGGUCCUUGAUGGGGGCUGGUCGGUCACCAGAAAGCUUGGGAAUUUUAGCCCCACCCCACAUCCUCUCCAGAGAGGAGAGAGCUCCAGAGAGGAGUUAAUGAUCCAUCACGCCUACGGUGAUGAAACCUCCGUAAAAAUCUCAACAGUAUGGGGUUCAGA